GACAUCCCGACUCAGCAAAGCCAAAGAAAGAAACCAGAAACAGCAGACCAGACCAUUCCAUUCCAUUCCAUUUCGCAUUCUCUACUACAGACUCGCAGAGAUGGUGAAGAGAGACAGAGAGGACGCGGAGGUCGAAGCCCUGGCCGUGGCCAACUGCUUGAUGCUCCUCCCCCGAGUCGGCGAGUGCGCCGACUCGAACCGCGAAUCGCGGUCUACAGAGCGGAUGUUCGCGUGCAAGACGUGCAACCGCGAGUUCUCCUCAUUCCAGGCGCUCGGAGGGCAUAGAACCAGCCACAAGAAGCAGAAGCUGAUCCCCGGCGGCCUCUUCCACCUCGGCUGCACCGCGGAUUCCUCGCCAGCCAAGCCGAAGAGGCACGAGUGCUCGAUAUGCGGCCUCGAGUUCCCGAUGGGCCAAGCCCUUGGCGGUCACAUGAGGAGGCACAGGGCCGCCAUGGCGGAGGGCUUGGCGGCAGAGGCGGCGAAGCCUGUGCCGGUGUUGAAGAGAUCGAAUAGCAAGAGAGUCAUGUGCUUGGAUUUGAACUCGUCGCUGAUGGAGGACGACUUGACCUUGCGUUUAGGAAAGGUUGCGCCGCCUUUGGUGCUAGAUCUCCUUCUGUAGGCCCGAGAGAACGUAGAUUGAGUACAGAGCAGUUCUUAGUCGGUGCCUUACUGUUCUUCUUUUUUUGCUAUUUUGGAUUCAUUGAUUGAUAUAUUGAAUUAGACACUGCAUUUUGCCAGCGAGUACAUAUGCGGCUAUAUUUGGACUAAAUAAACAGGGUCUCUCUCUGUUCAAAAAAAAAAAAAAAAAAAACAGGGUCUCUCUCUAUUUUUAUGUGG